GGGUCCCUCUUGCCAGAGGUUGGGAUCUACUAAGUGGCCUGUAGAGCAUCUAUUGGAACUUUUCUCAAGACCCCGGACAAUUCUAAUAUAAAGUGUAGUUUGGAAGCCACCAGGUUUGGUCAAUGCUGACUAUGUAAAUAUAGCAAACCUUCCCACAACUCAAAUAUGUCCCACCCUGAAAGACAAACACAAGAACUGUUGGCCUUCCUGUCCAGAUGGGAAGGUGUCCUGAGACGUGGGAGCCCAAGAACCACACAGCUCUGAGAGGAAGCCUCCUCAGCAGAAGCACUACAGCCCCCAGGUAUCCCAGGUAUCCCCAGCGGGGAAGAGGAGCUCAGGGGCUUCAGCCUCACUCCUUCAUUGCUUCUUGGCUUCUUCCAUGAGAGUCACAACAGACAGAAAAUCUCGUAAAAGAGAUCUAUUAGGAGGGUCCAGGGUGAAAGGACGAGUCCGGGAGUGGCAGCCUCUGCUCUUGGGAGAAGACAGCAGAGAACUGAGCAGACACAGCCUUCAUAUUGGAUUUCUUAGAGGAUGGAGCUUUCUAGGGCAGCGAUUUCCAGGAGACUAAACAUUCCUCUCAGAUGUGAAGAAUUGAGAUUGCUGAUAUCAUUACCUCUGAACUCCAUCUUUACCUUGAUUGAAAACAACUAGAAACCUCCAGCUCUGUAAAAACACUGCCCUGGGCAACUUGUCUUAAGGCAUCUUGUUUUUAAGUAACUGGGGAAUCCCUUGUGAAGGAAGACAAUUUCCAGCAGUCGCAAUCAGAAAUGAGUGGAUGUUACAAAAAUUCUACUCCUAAAAGGAUCAUCCACUUUGCUGAUGGAGACACCAUGGAAGAAUAUAGCACUGAGGAAGAAGAAGAAAGAGAGGAUCAGAACUCAACAUAUGACAUUUCUAAAAUUUCAUGGGAAUCGUACCUCUGGUUUUGGGCAGGACGAGUCACUCGCAAUUCAAUUUCUACUUGUAAAUUCCUUGGUGAAAGAUUUGCUGCCUUCUUUGGUCUUACUGAACCCAAGCGCCAGGAUGUGCUAAAUGAGUAUCGCAGAGCACACAGUGAGGACGGUGACAAGGGAAGUGAAGGGCGCGGAUCAAAGGCCCAGGAUGCUGAGGUUUCUAAUGAAAAGCGUCACCUGAGAGCUGGCGGCCAACAGUAUGGAGCCAUUGCUCCCAGAGGAGGCCCGGCGGCAGAGUCCAGCUCAUAAUGGACAGCAGAGGCUCCCUCUGCAUCCUAAGCUUUGUCUAUUGGUUACCAUGGCAACAGCACAAUAGGCAACACUUCCUAAUUUGAUCUGGUUCUAAGCCCAUGAAUGAAUGUUCAAGAAUUCAAGGGUUAGAUGUAACCAGAAAAGUGAUUUUAGAUACUUUCACAAUAUAACAAUUUAAUUUUAAGUCCCAGUGAUAAAAUUCUGUCAGCCCUGACUUCGCCCAACAGCAGUGUCUUAUGGAACUUUGGGUCUGGAGGUUUUGACUGACAUUUCUUAUGAUGGUUCUAGGGCCCAGUUUAAAAAAA